AUGCACAACUUCAUCUGUGGUUUGUUUUUGUCUCUCUUUAUUGUCUUGGUUCAGGAGAUGUUCGAGGCUCUGUUCCUGUCCUAUGAUGAGCGGGUGACAUUCCAGCUGUUCAAGAGUUUCCGGCGUGUCCGCCUCAACUUCAGCAACCCCAAAGCUGCCGCCAGCGCCAGGAUAGAGCUGCACGAAACGCCCUUCAGGGGCAAGAAGCUCAAACUCUACUUCGCCCAGGUCAGUAGUUAUACAGUACAACAAGCAGAACUGACUGCCAUAGACUGUGACUUUGAUUUACCCUUAUGAUAGUUCUGUUACCUAUUGUUGGAAGGAGUUUAUUUAUAUUUUUACAGGGACAGUGCACAUGAAUCAACGUUUCAGUAAAAGUGCCGGUUUUAGACAGCCGGCUAAUUUUCAACCGCAGCCCCUGGGCAGGUUAUUAAAAACAAUUCGAAUAAUAAUGCAGACAAACCAUGAGCAGUGAGCACAUGCAGAGCAACAUAGAACAAGCAACAUGUAGCAUGCAGACAGAGGAAUUAAGACACAUUGUCACUAGCUUUAGUUAUGGUGUAUAGUUCAGGGGAAUAAAUGUGUUUAUGGAAAAUGUGUACGUUUUGUCACCGAUGCAGUGUGACUAACUUUAAAAGCCUCUCCAGGGUGUGUGUGUGUGUGUGUGCCGUCCUUCUUGCAGCAGCAUGUGAUUGCUCCACAUUAGCCAAUAGGCCUGUCUAAUUCCUUUCCCAAAGGCUAUCAGGGUCUUAAACACUCCGCUGAGGCAGAAAGAAGUCCAUGAGUUAUUCUCCAGUUAGAGAUGACCUAAUAUCAACCUAACCUCCGUUUCCCCUGAAAAGUGGGGACUCCGCUCAGCUGUCUUUCUACGCCUGCUACAUUAGGUUAAUUUGCAUGUGAUCUGCACUAAUUUAGGCCUAUUAGCCUUUAGUCAAGAUGACUAACUACCAACUGUAGCUCAGUUGGUAGAGCAUGGCGCUUGCAACUCCAGGGUUCUGGGUUCGUUUCCCACGGGGGGCCAGUAUGAAAAUGUAUGCACUCACUAACUGUAAGUCGCUCUGGAUAAGAGCGUCUGCUAAAUGACUAAAAUGUCAAAAUAAAAUAAAAUGACAGGCCUGGUGGCGAUGAUGUGGGUCUGUACCCCUGUAGACUAGGUUUUUGUUCAAGCCCAUUACUAAGAGACGUUGGAUUCAAACCUAUUCAUUAAGAAUUGGUUUCUUUCUUUCUCUCUCCCUCUCUCUUUCCCUCCCUCCCUCAGGUCCAGAACCCAGUAUCAGACAGUGAUAACCUGCACCUGGCUCCUCCUCAGCCCUCUAAACAGUUCCUCAUCUCCCCUCCUGGCUCACCGCCCAUUGGCUGGCAGCAGAUAGACGAGGCCACGGCCGUCAUCAACUACGACCUGCUCUAUGCUGUGGCCAAACUGGGCCCCGGUGAGUCAUACCACUAUAUAGUACAUACUGUUUCUUACAGAGAAACCGCUUGCUGUCAGUUUUAG